AAGUCUAGAUGCUACACCUACCCUGAUUGGGGCUGCACGGCAUUCCUCAAUAGCCCUCUUCACCGGUGUUGCCUCAAAUGACCACUUGCACUCUUCUAGAAUAUGAGCUGACCAAAAGGCAGUAGUACAAACUCUACAACCUCUCUCUGUUUCGCUCAUCCUCGCUCAACCUUCAUACCUCUUCAUACCUAUCUAUCGGCCCUCAUUUGCUGCUUGACAGCUCCUUGUCAGAAUGGCACAGCGAAAUCCCACCCAAGGUAGCUCAAGAAAGAUCUCCUUCAACGUGUCCGAGCAAUACGACAUUCAAGAUGUUGUGGGUGAAGGCGCAUACGGUGUGGUCUGCUCUGCUCUACACAAACCUUCUCAGCAGAAGGUAGCGAUCAAGAAAAUCACCCCUUUCGAUCACUCCAUGUUCUGUCUUCGCACUCUGCGUGAGAUGAAGCUACUCCGAUACUUCAACCACGAGAACAUCAUUUCCAUACUGGAUAUACAGAAACCUCGUAAUUAUGAGACAUUCACUGAAGUCUACCUCAUUCAGGAGCUGAUGGAAACCGACAUGCACCGUGUGAUCAGAACUCAGGAGCUUUCAGAUGAUCAUUGUCAAUACUUCAUAUAUCAGACUUUGCGUGCUCUGAAGGCCAUGCACUCUGCUAAUGUUCUUCACCGCGAUCUCAAACCAUCAAAUCUGCUCCUCAACGCGAACUGCGACUUGAAGGUUUGCGACUUCGGUCUUGCUCGUUCGGCUGCAUCGACUGAAGACAAUUCUGGCUUCAUGACCGAAUAUGUUGCCACAAGAUGGUACCGUGCACCAGAGAUCAUGCUUACAUUCAAGGAGUACACGAAAGCGAUCGAUGUGUGGAGUGUGGGUUGCAUUUUGGCAGAAAUGUUGAGUGGAAAGCCUCUGUUUCCAGGGAAAGACUACCAUCAUCAACUAACUCUGAUCCUUGAUGUCCUCGGCACACCAACCAUGGAAGACUAUUACGGCAUCAAAUCACGUCGCGCGCGCGAAUACAUCCGCUCGCUACCAUUCAAGAAAAAGAUUCCGUGGAAGGCCAUGUUUCCCAAGACAUCUGAUCUCGCGCUGGACCUGCUUGAACGUUUACUCGCAUUCAACCCAGUGAAGCGUAUUACGGUGGAAGAUGCAUUAAAACAUCCCUACCUAGAACCAUACCAUGAUCCUGAAGACGAGCCAACCGCUGAGCCGAUUCCGGAGGAAUUCUUUGACUUUGACAAAAAUAAAGACAAUUUGACCAAGGAACAAUUAAAAAUGCUUAUCUACCAAGAGAUCAUGAGAUAGAUUACGAGUUGAGCACAGGCCGAUUGCAUAGUGUUUCCAGCAGUUGAUCCAUGGUGAUUGCAUCUCAAGGAUUGACACUAGCACGGCUUUUCAGAAUAGCUAUGUUAUGGUAGAGACCUUAUCAAUGUUGGGGGAUGCGGCGGUGGUUGCACUGCAUUGAAUACUGGCCAUCUUCUGGAUUGUACUGGUCAGUUGGGAAAACAUUACAGGAUUCAAAUUUCAUGGUCAUAUGAAGGCAGUUGUGGGAACCCUA